AUGUGGCUCUUAAACACACGUACGCAAACUCUGCGCUAUUUCCCGUCCGAAGGCGCCCGCCCAGUCUACGCCAUCCUCUCGCACGUCUGGCGGGACGAGGAGGUCUCCUUCACCGACAUCAAGGACCUCGAGCGCGCUCAAAAACUUCAUGGGUUCGCCAAGGUCUCGCACGCAUGCGCCAUCGCACUCAGCGACGGUUACGAGUGGAUCUGGGUCGACACCUGCUGCAUCGACAAGACCAGCUCCGCCGAGCUCUCUGAGGCGAUAAAUUCCAUGUUCAUCUGGUACCGCGACGCCGCCGUCUGCUACGCCUAUCUCUAUGAUGCGAGCGCCGAUCACAACCCUCGGUCCCCGCACUCGUCGUUCCGCAGUAGCCGCUGGUUUACGCGCGGUUGGACGCUCCAGGAGCUCAUCGCACCCCGCAGGCUCGUCUUCUACUCGCAGGACUGGCAACAGAUCGGGACCAAGGCGACACUCGCAGGCGCCAUCGAGGAGCUGACGCACAUCGGCCGUGCCGUGCUUCUACACGAAACACAUCUCGACGACAUCAGCGUCGCGAAGCGUAUGUCAUGGGCCGCUGAACGGGAAACCACACGCAUCGAGGAUCGCGCGUACUCGCUUAUGGGCAUAUUCAACGUAAACAUGCCUACAAUCUACGGCGAGGGCGAGAAGGCGUUCAUCCGCCUCCAGCACGAGAUCAUCCGGCAGUCCCCCGACCAGAGCAUCUUCGCCUGG